AUGCUGUGUAGGAGUAGUAUUAGGCACUAGGACCCAGCAGGUGCAGCACCGUGUUAUUUUAGUGAUUUGCAGCACAGUCCCGUCUGCAGAGCGCUGGACCUACAGCAGCGGCAGCAGCGUCCUCUGGACUCAGGACGCGGAGUGAGCGGAGGCUCCCCAUCCUGCUACCCACAGAACCGGCACGGAGCAGGAGGGGACAACCACAACUUAAACCUGACUUAUUUUGUGGAUUUGAACAAACAACACAAACCCCAUCAGGAAAACACACAUUUUCUUCUUGUUUUUUUUGUUUUUGUUUUAAUGAAUAAGACACUUUAGGUAUGAGUCCAUCCGUGAGCGGCACAGAGGAGGUUCGGGUGUCGGCGUUGACGCCCCUGAAGUUGGUGGGACUGGUGUGCGUCUUUCUCGCCCUGUGCCUGGAUGUCGGAGCUGUGCUGAGCCCGGCGUGGGUCACGGCGGAUGGCCAGUACUACUUGUCCUUGUGGAUGUCCUGCUGGAAGCCCGCCAGCUCCGCGAAGUGGUUCUGCAACUUCGCGCUGAACACUGGUGAGACAGACGCUCAUGUGCCUUUUACUGACUGGCAGAUUGCCACACUGGCCCUGUUGUUGGGGGGAGCAUCCCUCAUCGUGCUCGCCUUCCUUAUGGCCCUGAUAUCCCUGUGCAUCCGCUCCAGGGGUCGCUGCUACAAGCCCGUGGCUGUCAUACUGUUCUCUGCAGUGGUGCUCCAGGUGUGCAGCUUGAUCCUGUUCCCCAUCAAGUUCAUAGAGACGGUCAGGCUGAGGAUGUACCAUGAGUUUAACUGGGGCUACGGCCUGGCUUGGGGAUCCACCAUCUUCUCUUUUGGAGGAGCCAUCCUCUACUGCCUGAACCCCAAGAACUAUGAAGACUACUACUAAAAUACACAAGACAGGAAGGAAGAGAAACUGAGACUCUCUGUUUCACCCAGUGUCCUCUCAGUAAUAGGAACUUUCUAUCAGUUACAUUGCACAACCACAGACUAGAAAAAUAGGAAUAAAGAAACGCUUAUUGUUAGUUUCAGGGCUGGAAAUGAGCUCUUCCAUUUGAUACUGUGAACUUAUCAUCAUCUCUAAGACUAUCCUCAUUCAUUGGAUCCAUCAGCCCUGUGCUCUGUUUGGCACCAAACCCAGCCGUGAAAAGAAAUCCAAACCAGUUUAAUUAGACAAAGAAUGUUACUUCUCAGAUAAGUCUGUGUCCCCUUUAAGGGGAACUCCAGUAGGUCUUAGAUUUGGGCAGAAAAUCUAGAGAGAACAGAUGGAUUCACUGACCCCAUGCCAAGGACGAAUUGGUGGACUAAUCGACCAAUCAGAGCAGAGAAGUCAAAGAAUGAUACAAACUCGGGCCAUUUGGGGAAAGAAACGGAUCCAGAGAAGAGAAUGUCCUUUUGAAGUGAUAUCCUGAGGAUGACAAAGUGAGGAAGACAGGGCACACCUAAGGAAAUGCAACAUGCUGCAUUUCCCCAGUGUGUCACAACAUCUGGAACUUGUCUUCUUCCUCCUGUAGAGUGUAACAGCUCGGUGAAAGCAUGUCAUAAAGCUCCAAAGGACUGGCUUUUCCUGUCCUAUUUGAGUCUAUUAAAAGUCUCAGUGAUAGUCAUAAUAAACAGAAGUUACCCAAGACAGUAAAAACAUUCCACAGCCACCUUCUAAAUGAUAUCAUGCUGGUUAGAGGAACAUUUACUGGUUAAUGAAUAGCACAGUCGCAUGUAAACGGUGGUAAAACCUUUGGCUGCUAAUGUAAACCUGCAGCAUAACCCAAGCUAUAUCCACUUUUUUGAUAAAAUUGUAUUAUAUGUAAGUAUAUGGAGUAAGCAGUAAUAAUCAUUCCAAGAAGAGACCAGUGGGAAGGAAGAUGGCAAAUGACCAUGUCUGCUGAGUGUGUGCGCAUGUCCGCAUGAUCAUAUCACCCAGCAUGUGCUUACACUUCUACUCAUGUGAUGCCUCCUUAUC